AGUUUUGGGGGGAUACGGAGAUCGGAAGGGGGUGGGGGGGUGGUAAGGUGAGGGGAUGCCUGCGCCUCCCGGGGGUCGUGAGAGGUGCGGGGGGUGUUUAUUGGGGUGUUUAUCGUCCACCCCUCCUCCGUCAGCCCUUCAUUUAUUUUUUUUUUUUUAUUGCCCCCUUGCUUUGGCAGAGAGGCCGAGCUCACCCGGCUGCCCCGUUUUGCCAUCCCACGUAGGACCCUGGCAAAGCGGCGCUUUGGGGCGAAACGCUGUCAUUUUGGGGAGAGAGAGAGAGACAGGGGGAUUUUGGGGGCGGCGGGUCCGUGCUGCGGCUCGGUUGUGUAAGCAGCGCCGCGGCCGCUCCUGCUGGGCUCCAGGUGGGUCCUAGCGAGCUGCUGCGGGGACUGGGGAAACGCCAGGCAGCCGCAGCGGGGCGAGACUUGCCCAGGGAGCGGCAUCGCCCCUUGGAACGCGAAGCUAAACUUUGGCGGUGUCGGGGCCCCCCCCAGGACUUGCUUUUUCCCUGGGGAAAAAUCAAAUUGGCCCAAGUACAUGGGUAAAUACAAGCAGAGUGUGCUCCCGGAAUGAAGUUGCUCGUGUUCCUCGGCAGCGCCGGCGCUCAGCCCCAGCUGACCUCCGAACAGAAUGCCAUCAGCCUCUCCGCCGGCAAGUACCGCCACCUCGACCGUGCCACCAACCAGGAGCUGAUCUGCGACAAGUGUCCCGCGGGAACCUACGUGUCCAAGCACUGCACGAAGAGCACCUUAAGGGAGUGCAGCCCGUGUCCGGACGGGACUUUUACGAAGCACGAGAACGGCAUAGAGCGAUGCCACCCUUGCAGAAAACCCUGCGAACUGCCAAUGAUUGAGAGAACCCAUUGUACUGCCUUGACCGACCGCGAGUGCACUUGCCUGUCGGGUACGUUUCAGACGAACGAUACCUGCGUCCCUUACACGGUGUGCCCGGUCGGCUGGGGCGUCCGCAAGAAAGGAACCGAGACGGAAGACGUGAGGUGCAAGCCGUGCCCUCGUGGUACUUUUUCUGAUGUGCCUUCUAGCGUGAUGAAGUGCAAAACCUACACGGACUGCUUCGGGAAGAACAUGGUGGUGGUCAAGCCAGGGACGAAGGAAAGUGACAACGUCUGCGGUUCUCCGGCGUCUCUGCCGAGCACGUCUUUGGCUUCGUCGGACGCAGAAGCAGGUGGAGAGACCUACGAGGCUCCACCGACCGCUCAUCUUCCCAAAGGUCUGAACUCUUCAGUUCCUGACCUGGCUCCCUCUCCUUCCCCACCCGUGGCUGACGGCGCGACGGGGCUGACGAGCGACUACAACCAGACCUCGGCCAACGAGACCGGGGGUGCCCGAGGGAGCCUGGUGGGCACCGGCACCGCUGGCCAGGCGCAGAGCUACCGGCACAAGCACACCAGCCAAGCUCUGGAGAAGCAGCCGGCCUUGGAGAUGGCAGGGGGCGAGAAGUCCAGCAUGCCCUACAGGCCGCCCCGGAGAGGGCCGCAGAACGUCCACCAGCACUUCGAUAUCAACGAACACUUGCCCUGGAUGAUCGUCCUCUUCCUGCUGCUGGUCCUGGUGGUUAUCGUGGUCUGCAGCGUCAGGAAGAGCUCACGGACUCUGAAGAAGGGGCCGAGGCAAGAUCCCAGUGCCAUUGUGGAGAAAGCUAUUAUGAAGAAGUCCACGACCCCCACACAGAACAGGGAGAAGUGGAUCUAUUACUGCAAUGGGCACGGCAUUGACAUCCUGAAGCUGGUGGCAGCCCAGGUGGGGAGCCAGUGGAAGGACAUCUACCAGUUCCUGUGCAACGCCAGCGAGCGCGAGGUGGCCGCCUUCUCCAACGGCUACGCGGCUGACCAUGAGCGCGCCUACGCCGCCUUGCAGCACUGGACCAUUCGCGGGCCCGAGGCCAGCCUGGCCCAGCUCAUCAGCGCCCUCCGCCAGCACCGCCGCAACGACGUGGUGGAGAAGAUCAGAGGCCUGAUGGAGGACACCACGCCGGUGCAAAUGCAGCCUCAGUGGCAAAUGCAGGACUGCUCUAACGGGGAUGGAAAGCUGGAAGGUGACAAGCUGGCGCUGCCGGUGAACCCCAGCCCGCUCAGCCCUGCACCCAGCCCCAGCCCGAAACCCCCGGACGCCACCGUCCUCACCGUGGAGCCCUCUCCUUCGGAGAAGAAAUGCUUCUUUGUGGACGAGUCGGAGCCCCUCCUGCGGUGUGACUCCACCUCCAGCGGCUCCUCUGCGCUCAGCCGGACGGGCUCUUUUAUUACCAAAGAAAAGAAGGACACAGUCUUGCGCCAGGUGCGCUUGGACCCUUGCGACCUGCAGCCCAUCUUCGACGACAUGCUGCACAUCCUCAACCCCGAGGAGCUCCACGUGAUAGAGGAGAUCCCGCAGGCGGAGGACAAGCUGGACAGGCUAUUCGAGAUCGCCGGCGUCAAGAGCCAGGAAGCCAGCCAAACCCUCCUGGACUCCGUCUAUAGCCACCUUCCCGAUUUACUGUAGGCACUGGUCACCGCGCACUCUCCGAAUAUCUGCUAGAACUAGCUUGGCACUUGUUAAGAUGACCGACGAUGCGCAGGCGGGUUUUGCUGUAGAAUACAUGGCCAGUAUUUCCUUGAGGUGUCCUUGGUUUCUGGAGGGGGGCAGCUUGCCAGCGUCGCGCCUCUCCACCUUAACUCUGUCGCUCAGUUAAGUCUCUGCACCCUCUGCCCCCUUCGGAGUCUCUUUUUUUUUUUUUUUUCCUUGUUCUCAUUCCAAUCAAAUCAGUCGAUGCACUUUAAAAUGCAGUUAAUGAACUAAAAGACCACGAAGCUGGUGUCGCUUAGGCGUUGAGCCUGGGGUUGCUCUGUAGCCUGGUUCAAUUCUCUCAAAGCUGUUCCUCUGAAUGACGUCUCCUGCUACCUCCCUUCCGCCUUGGAGUGGUGAACGGUGAAACACGCAAAGCUGAUUGUUGCUGGUUACCUUCUCUUAAUGCAUCUUAAGCUUCUCCCCCAGCUGACUUUUUUCAUGUACUAUCGUAUAGCUCACGCCCAUCGCUGCGGUUUUACUAGCACGGUUAUUUAUUGUAUGGUUUUCACCUGGACAAUAAUGCAUUGUGCUCCUAUAAGCUAAAGUAGAAGCGGUUGAAUGGAAAGGUUUGGUUCCACCAACUUUACUGAUAAAAAAAAAAAAAACACAAAAAAAAACAGUCCUAAACCAGUCCUUCCAGCCUGCGGUGGCAGGGAACCCAAGCGAGGAGCAUCCUGCCUGGCCGCUGAAGAGGACAGCAGGUCACGGCGGCGCCGGUGCUGGAGCCGGGGAGGCGAAGGCUGCUGGUUCUGCUCUCCUUGCGGUGUAAGACUUACCGAGCUACGCUUUUACACUUGUGUCUCUUGUUUUUUAUACAGACAUGGCCGAUAAGGGGAGGUUCUCCCGAGAUCCUACCCGGCCUUAAAAUAGUCUCUUCAAAUCACACUUCACUUUUUAUCAAUAAGAAAAAGGGGGGAGGGGAUGGGGGGGGGAGGAAAAAAAAACAAGCUGCAUCGUUAUAAGAAGUCUGUCUGAUUAUAUUUGCAACUAUUAUGCUCCCGUAAUGAACAGUCUGUAAUAUGCUCAGUUUGAAGAAAUUACGAUACUAGGGUGGCAUGUGCUGCCUUGUGGGAAGGGGUGGGAGUGGGGGAAGAGGGGAAUGAAUUGAAAAAAUUGCCUUCCAGUGUACUAAUUUAUUAAUAAAUACUAGGUGU